AUGGACGUUGCUGUCCGCGAACUCAUGGAGCUCUUUCUGCAGAGCCCGCUGGUGGCGGGGGUGAAAACUUUGAGCCCAGUCGCCAGCGGCAACGAUGAACACCUGUACAUGCACUUGGUGGAUGGCAUUUUGUUACACCAAGUCAUGUCGGAAAUAGACCCCAGGCCUAAUCAGCACUUCCACCAGCACGUGAACAACGAUGUGAACCUCCGUAUUGAGAACUUGACCAUCUUGGUCAGACACAUUGAGAACUUCUACCAGGAAGUUCUCCAGCAGCGGAUCGUAAUGAGCCUGCCGGAUGUUUCAGUGAUUAGCAAAGACCCGCUGUCUGGACAAAGUAUGGAGGAAAUGGAGAAGAUGCUGAUGCUGGUGCUGGGCUGUGCUGUCCAAUGCGACAGGAAAGGGGAGUUUAUUGAAAAAAUCCAACAGCUUGACAUUGAGACCCAGGUCAGGAUCCUGGCUCAUAUCCGGCAGGUGACCCGCCACCAGGAGAGCCUGUUUGACAUGCAGAGGUUGGAGGUCCCAGACAUGGCCCUGGAGGAGCUGGAGUCUCUCUCCAGCAACACGACUUUUUGCCUCAGGAGGCUCGUAACUGAACGAGACAGUUGCAGGGAGCCGGUCGUGACCAUGACCCAGGAGUGGAACACCAGCAGCCGCCCCAGCGAGGACACGCAGCCCCUGGCUGUGGAGCUGGCGGACACCAAGGCCACACUGCACGGCGUCAGGCAGGAGCUGGAGGAGAAGACGAAGCAGCUGGCGGACGCCAGGCAUCAGUUGUACCAGCUGGUGCUGGAGCUGCAGGAGGCCCGGCGCAAUAACAUGGAGCUGGCAGCCAGAGCCCAGGCUGCCCGUGCCCCCCUCCCUGAGCUGGACUCCCUGAGGGAGAAGGCGAGGCACGUGGAGAGGCUGGAGAUGGGCCUCAGGCAGAAGCAGAAAGACAUAGACUUCUAUGCAGCCCGCAUGAAGGAGCUAAUUGAAGACAACUACACCUUAAUGGACAUCAAGAGCCUUCUCCAGGAGCAGCUGACUGUCGCUCGGUCCCGGGUCGAUAAGCUGUAUGAGCUUGAAGAGGAGAACGUGCAGCUGAAAUCAAAGCUGCACCGCCUACAUUUGGCCCGGGACACAGACCAGCAACACCUUGAGGAGCUGCGGGAAGAGAACUUGGCCCUCAAGGCUGCACAGGGGCAGAGUGUGGAGGAGUCCACCCACCUGCGCUGGGAGCUGGAGCAGCUGUCAGAGGCCUCCAGUUGCUUCCUGAAGCUGGACCAGGAGAAGCAGAGCCUCCAGGGCACCAUCCAGGGGCUGCGGGACGCCUCCCUGGCCAUGCAGGAGAGCAGCCUCCAGCGCCAGGAGCUGGAGAAGGAGAACCAGCAGCUCAGAAAGCAGAUUGAAGACUUGCGAGUCCAGGUGGAAAGAGAAAAGCAGACCAGUCAGGAUCUGGAGACCCUCAGUGAGGAGCUGAUGGAGGAGAGAGAGCAGCUGCUCCAUGACAUAGAGACCCUGAAGGCUGAGAAAGCCCAGGAGAUCAAGGAUCUUGAACAAGUGGUGUGUUCGCUGCGGGAGCGUUCACAGGCCAGCAGUGAGGCCUGCGUGCAGGACAUUGAGAAUGAGAGCAAAGUCCUCCACCAGACGGUGAUGGAGACCAGCAGCAGAGUCAGCAAGCUGGAGCGGGAGCGGCAGCAGCUGCACCAGGACCUGGAGCAGGUGAAGGAGCAGGCGACGCGGGCCCAGGAGCUGGAGCGGGAGCUGCACUGGCUGCAGGAGGAGAACGAGAUGCUGGCCAUGGAGGUCAGCGCCCUGAGGACAGCCCCUGAGAGGGUCCACGCCCUGGAGCGGGAGAGCCCGGACCUGUUGCUGGAGAACCAGAGGCUGCAGACGUCUCUGGACACCCUGCAGCCCGAGGGUCUGGAGCGGGACAAGCAGCUGGACACCAGGGUGGAAAAUUCCACUCUGAGCUCCCAGAGCGCCUUGCUCACUGCGCUCACAGAGCAGAACACGCAGCUCCAGCACCAGCAGCUGGUGGCAGCCCACGAGGCCCUGCAGCGGGAACACGCGUGCCUGGGUGCGCUCCAUGAGCACCUGUCUGGGGAACAUGAGGCCCUCAUGGAUGAGUACAGCCGCCAGAAGACACUGCUGCGACGGACCCUGGAGCUGGAGAGCAAAGCUCUCAAUGACAGGUACAAGGACCAGCUCCAACAUAAGGCGGCGCUGGAGCAGCUGGGGACGCUCUUGACCACCGAGCGGGAGGCUCUGCAGCAGGAGCAGAGGACGAGCGCCAUGGCCGCCGAGGAGAACCAGAGGCUGCAGCGAGAGCUGGACAGGGCCAAUUCCCUGCACCAGCAGCUGAAGGGGGAGCAGGAGGAGCUGCAGACCCACAACAAGAAGCUGCAGACCUCCCUGAACGACACCCAGCUGGAGGUGAACCGCUGGCAGGCCCUGUACGAGGGACUGAAGGGGAAGCAUGAAGACACGGACAUCUCGCUGACCGAGCAGGACAACCACUGCCAGCUGGUCUCCCGCCUCAAGGGCAACUUGGAGGGAGAAAAACGUGACCUGCAGAGCCAAAUCCAAAGGCUGAAAGAGCAGAACCAGAGGCUUCUCCAGGAGGAUGUGGAGAACAAGGACCAGCUCCAUGAGGAGCAGCAGCAGUACGUAGACAAAUUAAAUGCCUUACAGAGACAAAAUGAAAAACUGGAAGAAAAAAGCAUGGCUCAGCACAAGGUCCAAGAUCCAGCGCCAAGGAAGAAAAAGCACUGGAUUGGAGCUAAAUUCUUACUCAAACUCAUCAAACUAAAGAAAGGCGGUUCCAGAGAACGACGAAAGUCAACCCCAGAGAGGCCUCCCUGCCUGCUGGGGUCCUCAGACCAGGCCUCGCCCAGUACUUCUCAGCCUCUUCAAUCGCAGCUGGAGCCCCUCGAGGCCACCCCAUGCUGCUCAAAGGGGACAGAAGAGCAAGGCACCUGCAGGGGGCCCAGGGGAAAAGGCCCUGGGGACCUAAUACCAAAGGGAGUGGCCCCACCCAGAGGCAGCCUUGACCGCAUUCCAGGAGAUGCCUCCGCUGACCCAGCCACCAAGCCCCGGCCAUCAGAGCUGGGCUCCGGGGCCUGUUCAUCCUCAGCCAUCACUACAGCUCCUUCCAGCUCCACCUCCACCUCCCGCCACCCAGGCCGCACCCACGCUUCCGGAUGGGUACAGGGCCGGGAGUUCCAGUCCAUCGUGGUCAGAGGACACGGGUGGAACAUGUUCGAGGACCUUUUCCCCAACACCAGAAAGGUGACACUGGGCAGCCCCGAGUCCAUGGAGAGGGCUUUCCCCAACCUCGAUCCUUAUCAUGGAAAUGAAUUUAUUCGAGAGACCAUGAUUGCGUGUGAUUAA